UUUCUCUUCAUUCGAACAUUUACAAAAACCAAAGCAUUCCAAAAUAUGUGGUUUUAAUAUAAAAAUAGUAGAAUACUAUUGAAAAAACUUAUUUAAACCGUUCAAACGACUUCCUUUUUGGAAAUAAACAUCGCGAUUCUAUUCGGAGUAAUUUACUAUCGGUAAAUCCCGAAACACUCCGGUAGCUGGUGAGAGAGAUUUGACAUGACAAGCGGGGAGGAACAACGUCAAGUAAUAUUGGCGCUGGGCAAAUCCUUCGCACAGUGCACAGAUUUUGAUUUAUGGGGACAGCCUAUUGAAGCUAUAGAUGGCUACAAAAGGCUUUCAAAACAACUCGAUGAUUUAGCCAAUGCAGAUUCUUCCUUAUUCUCAGACGAACAAAAGAAAGUCCUAAGGAAGAUUGGGAUAUGCUUGGAUCUGAGAUGCAAAGCUUUACAAGCACCAGAUACUAUCAAUGGAAUACUUUUAGAUGACUUGAAGAAAAUAGGAAAUACUCUAGACAGCAUUUUGAACCAGAGGUGUCGAGAUUUUCCUGUAGAUGUGAUAGCAGCUCAGCUCCAGACGCGAACUCUUCCUAACUCUCAGAAAAGAGCCCAAGAGAGUGAUGAUUUGGAUGAAGACAAACAGGGAUCUAGAGCUAAAGGGAGCUUGCUACCAAGACCUUUAGCUUACAGUGGAAUGAAAGUCCUCACUGUAAAGAUAGAGAAAAUAGGACUGAAAGAUGCCACCCAGUUCAUCGAGCCCUAUAUCACAGUGUCAGUGAAAGAUAUGAUGGGAGCAGAUCUGACAACAUCACAAGACACACCAGUGGCUUCAAAGAAAGAGAACAAAUGUAUUGUUUUCAAUGAAGAGGUCCACAUCCAGAAAUCAUUGGAAAGUCUUCCUAAUGGGUUUUCAAUAUUUUUUGAGUUCAAACAUUUUAAACCAAAGAAAAACAUCAUUAGUACGAAGUGCUGGGCAUUUAUGGAGAAGGAUGAGAUUAAGGAAGGACCUGUGGCUCUAGAGCUAUACCAGAAGCCUGCUGACUACAAAAGGAAACAAAUCAAAUUGUUAACAGUCAAGCCUCUAUAUCUUCACCUGAAAGUCAUUUUCAAUACAUAAUGAAAGAAUACUGCAUCUGUCGCUUCCACAUAAUGCCAAUAAUAUGAGACUCUUUUGUUACAGAGAGCAUUUUGAAAUGUCUAUUUUUGUUGAUGGAUUUAUGUGGGGGUUUUUUAUUAAGAUUUCAAUUUUUUGAAUUUUUGACGAAGAGGAUGAUGGAUUUAUAUCUAUUUUUAAAAAUUACAGGGUUUUUAUGUAUUAAAUAAACAUGUAUGUUUCAGUCAUAUUAUUUGCAUGUAAAUGUAUGUGACUGUUAUUGAUAAUUGGUAUAUGUAAAUGUAAACGUACAGACUAUGUUCAGUAAGUGUAAAGGUUACAAUUUGUUCAUUAGUACAGUAAAUUAAAUACCGUGUCAAUAAAACUGUAGAUGUAUUUAACUACUCAACAAUACAACCAUCUGUAGGUGUUUUAUACAUUAUUUUGUUUUUGAAUAACAUGACUUGUUUUUGAGAAGAAAAUACAAUGGAUUGUAGAUUUUUAUGUUAUGUGUUUGAAAGGAAAUCUUUAUAAAAAUAGAAUAUUUGAAUCUUGAUAUGGUCUUGGAAAUUUACUAAGACAGGGAAAAUCCUGGUAAUUUACUAUAACUACUGGUACUGGAAUACUGGUAAAAAGUUAUAUAACAGAUCUAGCCCCACUGUCACCAACUUUCCUCAGGUUAAGACUCGGCCUCAAGUGUGAGUUUUUACCUCAAAUUCAUACACUUUUCUUUUAAGGAUCUUAGUUGAGGUUUGAAUUGAGUGACUUGAAUAUUUUGGUGACAAUGGGGCCAGGUCUUAUAAUUUUGAAAUAUGUCUUGAAAAUUUUAAAUACAAUGCCACUUGUGCAACAUAUGUAUUACGAAACAGCAUUUGUUUGAACAAAAAAUCCCUACAUAAAUGUACUGAAUCAGAUACAGUAUUUAUAUCGAAAGGGUUGUAUAUGUCUCAAGUUGUGGCAUUUUUCGUAUAAAUCAGCAUUCCAUUAUUAUAUGUAGUUGUACAGUUCGAUAUUGAUGUCUUGUAGAAGUUAAGAACCAUUACAAAGAACUUUUUUAGUACUUGACUUCAAUUUUUAAGAUCUUGUAAUUUUUUUGGUUUUUAAAUUACUUAUUUCAUUGACUUUUAUUAUUCAGGUGAAUUUACAUUCCAAUUCAAUCAUUCAGCAUCUUGAAUUUUGUACAAUCAUAAUCAAUUCCAACUGUAUUAUGUUUUGUGAUAUUUUGCUUUAUAAUGAUUUUACUUUUUUGAUUUAAUACUGCUGUAAACAUUUUCUGUAUGUCUCUCUGAUGACAGUCAUUUUACUAUGGGGUCUUUGUGAAUGGUUUCCGUCCAAUGUGUUCAGGGGUUAAAAUAUCAAUUUGAAAUGUUUUUUUAUAACUUUGAGGUGCUUUUAAUUUAUAGAAAAAUUUGAUUUGAAAUUUUUUUUUGAAGGUGGUGGAACCGUAUGAUUUGAAUUGUAUACCCCCAUCAUUUUUUUAAGUGUUCUAGAUUAAAUAUGAAUGUUCAUGGAUAGAUCUGAUGCUUUUAAUUUUUUUAUGAUUGCACUUUGUUAAUGCACAACAGCGUGGCCAUUAUUUUGUUAUGCAGUUAAUUACUGUACAAGUGUGUAUUAAGAGGUUGAAGACACAAUUUACAUGCAAUUGUGCAUAUGUUAUACAAUCAUGACAUUUUUUUUCUUACAAUUUACAAAGUGACUAUGAUUCUAUUAUUACUGGUAGCCAAUGUCUCAAUAAGCAUCAUUUUCUUUUAAAAAUAUUUUAGGAGUUUAAGAUGUAGAAUCAUUGAUUCAAAAUCUCUCUCUCUCUCUCUGUCUCUCUCUCUUUCAUCUAUAUAUGUUCAAGCUUUUUUGCAUAAUAUAUCAUUUAUUUCUAUUUCCAACAUAUAGAAUGAAUGUACUAUAAAAAUCAAUAACAAAUUGAGAAUAUAAAUGUUCUGAUAAUAUUCAAAACUUAGUUAUUUUAAUCAAGUAGAUGUAGGUAAUGUAUGAUUCCAUAUGUGAAUCUUAAUUUGGACCAUGCCUCUUUUAUGAAAAGUAUUACACUUAAUAAAUAAAAGAAUUUAUGUAAAGAAAUUGGUAAUAAACAAAUAUUAUAUACA